CGUUUGUGUUAGUGGUGUUUCGUGCGUUGUUUUGGAAUGUGGCCUCCGGAUUCCGUGGAGGAAUGCAUGACGGGUGUGAAAUGCAGCGAUGGGACGGAAGGUGCCAGGGUGCUCUGCUGAGUUGUCGUGGUGGGUGAGCACAUGGCUUGGAUCAACCACUGUUUUUCUCCGGGGAUGUUUGGCGAAGGGAGCUUAUCGUUUCCGUCGUCUCUCAUUAUGGUUGCCUAUGGUCUGCAAAGCCUCUUGUCACGGGGGCACUCUUCUAAACAGCUCUUUUGUCUUAGGUUAGAGUGACAAUCAGAGAGUCUGGUGGCACUUUUCAGUGCGGUAGAUGUGGAUCUUGGGCCUCCAGUGCUUGAUCCUUAGUUUCCUGUGAAAGGGAGGAUAUAUUAAGUACUUUGGUUUGAGGAACGCUUAGAUCCAGUCCUCAGGUAAGAGAGGGCUGAGUUUGCAAACACAUUCUGCACAAUCAGGUAUACCCAUCUGUCUUCACACUGUUAGGAGGAGAAUGAGUUCCACCACUACAAAGGAGCUCUGGAGACUGAGUCCUGAAGAUGCUGAUUUUAAGUAGUAUCAGUGUGUCUUGUAUAUAAGGAAGAACAUUAAGUUGAAUAUGCAAGAUUUUUCUGGUGAUAUUUGAAGGAAGUUAAGUGAAGGACUGUAGCUCAGUGGUAGUGCAUAUGCUUUGCAUGCAGAAGGUCCCAUGUUCAAUCUCUGGCAUUUCUGAGUAGAGUACUCCUGCCUGAAACCCUGGAGAACCAGUGGCCAUCAGUGUCAACAAGAUUGACAGAGAUACCCCAAUGCUCUGAUUCAGUAUAAAACAGCUUCUUAUCUUCCUAAGGUGUCAUGAGGCUUGAAAAAACUUUUGGUUGUGAUCAUUGCACUUAUUUUUGUAAAAGUCCAGGUCUGUGACUGGAUACAUGGGAGGCAGCAUGUAUGAUUGGUGGUAGCAAUAGGUGUUCUGAGAUGUAGCAUAUUUGGGUGCAAAAAGACAUGGUAGGAUGUGUGUGGGAUUUCCAGUAAAUGGAAGUAGGUGGUUUCAGGGCAAGUUUGUGUUAGAGCAAGGCUAUUAAAACACCAUGAAAAGUCUGAUUAUAUCAGUGACUUAAAUCAAGUUUCCUAUUCUGAAAUAUCUCCUGAACAAGCAUAAAUGCUUAAUGGUUGCUAUACUGAUGAAGAUAUAUCCGGUUGCAACUGACAGAGUCUAGUUUAUACAAGUGAAGGUUUGUGUUACGCUCUUUCAAUCAUGCAGCCCGCAUAAUUUUAUUUUCUUGAAAAUGAGAAACUGGUUUCUGUUUGAAGUCUGCAUUUCUGAGUAGGAGAAUAAGUGAGAAAAGUGAAACUUGACAGUAAUUGUGCACAGAGUAAAUCUAGAACUUUUCAUGAGGAAGAGUUGACAAUUACUGAACAAUAUAGUGUUUAUCCAUGGAAUUGAAAGUGUAUGUCCUUGCUGUUUGAAAUCUUUGGGGUCAUGAAUAGUCAUAAUUCAAGAACAUUGGUAUUGAACAAUAAAAUGAAUAAUAUUCAGGAAUAAAACACUGAUAUCAGGAAUUUAGAAGUUGGAGUUCAAGAACACCUAUAUAGAUUACACAGCAGAGACAAGCUACUGGAUGCAGAAGGAAAGUGGGUCAUUGAUGUAGAAAAUGCCUUUAAGGGACAAGUGUUGUCAGACUGACCACCAUCACCAUGGAUGUUGUGAACCAGUACAUGUACUGGAGCCUGGGGAUCCUCCUUUAUUGCAGCAGCCUCUUCAGACAUCAAAAUCUGGCAUUCAACAAAUUAUUGAAUGUUUUCGAUCAGGAACUAAACAACUUAAACAUAUUUUGUUGAAGGAUGUGGACACCAUUUUUGAGUGUAAACUGUGCCGCAGUCUAUUCAGAGGAUUACCAAACUUAAUUACCCAUAAAAAGUUUUAUUGUCCUCCAAGUCUCCGCAUGGAUGACAAUUCUCAUGAUGUGAAUGAUAAACAAAGUCAAGCCAUAAGUGAUCUUCUAGAAGCUAUGUAUCCAAAAGUGGACAAGCAAGAUUAUAUCAUUCAUCUGGAACCUAUAGAAACGAACCAGAAUGCUGUAUUUCAAUAUGUUUCAAAGGCUGAUAAUUCAGCUGAGAACAUUGAGAUAGAUGUCCCUCCUGAUCAAGCUCCUUCAGAAAUGCCAGAACCCCCCAUAGAACCUUCUAAAACAGUUCCGACUCCAUCAGAACCGGAAGCUGUAGAUAUUCCUGCUGUUGCUGCUAGCAAGGUAGUAACGACUCCAGAAGAAUCUACACCUUCUGAAAAGCCUGAGGUGGAAUCCAAUAAUAAUUCUGAUUCUGGUCAUCAGUUAAUUUGUUGUCUUUGUAAAAAAGAAUUUCAUUCCAGACGCAGUGUACGCCGACAUAUUAGAAAAGUGCACAAAAAAAAGAUGGAAGAAAUAAAGAAAUUCAUUGAAAUUAAAAAAAGGCCAAACCAGACAUCCAGAAGGGGGCGCAACAAGAAUGUUCUUGUAACUUUGGGUAGAAGUUGUCCUGUGUGUUUUAAAUCCUUUGCUACAAAAGCCAAUGUAAGGAGGCAUUUUGAUGAAGUGCAUAGGGGACUGAGGAGGGAUUCCAUAACUCCUGAUAUAGCUACAAAACCAGGAGAGCCAUUGUCCUUGGAUACAGCUUCUGCUAAAAAAUCUCUUAAGACCCGAAAACAAAAGUCAGCAAAGGCUGAGUACAACUUAACUGCUUGCAAAUGCCUCUUGUGCAAGAGGAAAUACAGUUCCCAAGUAAUGCUUAAAAGACAUAUGCAAAUUGUUCACAAGAUAACUCUUUCCACCAAGAAUACUAAAAGAGAGAAAAAACCUAGUAAUACAGUUAACAUGGAUGUGAAAGUUAAAAUUGAACCAACAGAACCUGCUGAAUCCACCCCUCCCAUCAUCAGUUCUCUACAGAAUGAAGUGAAGGGAACAAAUAAUUCAAAUGAAAGAAAGAACACAUCAUCCACCGAGAGGAAAAAUGCACCGUCCACCGAGAGGAAAAAUGCACCAUCCACUGAGAGGAAAGGCACACCAACUGCUAAGAGAAAUAAAAUGAAGCCAUGUCCUGAAAAUUCUAAGUCAAGUAAUCAAUCCCUUACAGGUGGUCUCAAAAAGCCCAGGAAACCAAGACUGUCAGCUGGUUUUGACUUUAAAAAGCUUUAUUGUAAACUCUGCAAACGCCAAUUUACUUCUAAACAAAAUUUAACAAAACACAUUGAGUUGCACACAGACGGAAAUAACAUAUAUGUUAAAUUCUACAGGUGUCCCCUCUGCACUUAUGAAACACGCCGAAAGCGUGAUGUGAUAAGACACAUAACAGUAGUACAUAAAAAGUCUUCACGUUAUCUUGGUAAGAUAACUGCAAGUUUAGAAAUCCGAGCAAUAAAAAAACCCAUUGACUGUGUUCUAAAUAAGGUGGCAAAAAGAGGCCCUCAGAGGGAUGAAAGUAAACAAAAUGGUUCAAAACAGGAUGUCACCUCUAACUCACCAAGCAAAAAGUAUGAAGGAGCUGAUGUUGGCAUUGAAGUGAAAGUCACAAAAAACUUCUCUCUGCACAGAUGCAAUAAAUGUGGGAAAGCAUUUGCCAAAAAGACUUUUCUAGAACAUCAUAAGAAAACUCAUAAAGCAAAUGCAUCACAUUCACCCGAAGAAAACAAUAAAACCAAAGGCAGAAGUACAAGAUCUAAAGCUCUUGUCUGGUGAGGAACCUAGUGCCUUAAAUGUUUGCCUAAAAGUUCCAUUGGUACACCCCAGCUUAAACACACGUUUCUCUGUAGAACUGAUGCUAUAGAGGAGAAAAGAAUAUUGCAUUUAUUCUUUUAUGCCAAUUUUCCCCAUAGCAUGAGACAAGGAUUUUAAUUUCUGAAUUUUUCUUCAUUCAGGACAUUGACCCCAGUACAGUUUGAAAUGUACAGGGUUGGUUCUUCAAGGUUUCAUAUUCACAUCAGGUUAUUUUUGGGAUAAUGUUUAGCAGUAGAUACGAUAGUCCCAAAGGUUUUUUUUUUUUAAUUGACUUUGCACUUCAUUGGUACUGACCAGGCAGAGAAAGCCUUCCUAGGCUGGAGAUGGUCUGUGGGUUCUGUGUUACCUAACUGUGGUUUAGUCUGUUAGCAAACAUUUUUGACAGUUUCACAGAAAUCCUGAUGUAUUUGUGACUAUUACAAAAUUAUGAUACAGUGCUGAACUAUCUAUAGAGUUAACAUUUUUUACAUUCAGAAAUGCUCUUUCCUGUUUAAUACAAGACUCCAAUUCCUUAAAUUCAUAUACUUUGUAUUAUUUGAAUAAUAAAAAAUUGGUCCCUUAUAUCUGGAAUUUUAACUAUGUUUGUUUCUGAAGACACUGUUUAAAAGUAGAGUGUGGUCUGAUAUUCUACAGUACCAUUUUAUACAAUGAAUGGAUAUAUAUGUAGGGGAAUUUUAAAUUAACUUGAAAGUGAAAUAUUUUUGGUCAACCAGCAGUCAAAAAGAGGAUAGUUUUUUACAUUACUGUGCUAUACAAAAAAUGCUUAUUCUGUAACAGAUGUUUAUAAAGAGCAUAUCUGUACUGGUACUUUAGUCCUAAAAUCUCCAUUACUUGAAGGUGGCUUCCCAGAAUUAAAUAACUUGUAGAUUCUGGUUCUCAGAGCGAAAAGAUUUAUACAUGUAGACAAGCAUCCAAAAAAUUGAAGCCACCUUCAGAUAUUGUUGGUGGAAUUUUGGUUUGUGUGUGGGGGAGUGUUUGUUCCUUUUAAAAUCCUAUAUAAUACAGAAAUACAUGAUUGGGUUGGAUCUAGUUAGUGGCCUCGGUUGAUGGAAAGCUCACUGAUCCAUUAGAGUCUUUAGUCUCCAAGUGGAGAGGUAUGUAAUUUUCAGUGAUUCUUUCUCCCAGCUCAGUCCUAACUGUGAGCCCUGUCCGUUCUGACUCUGCUCUGUAGGCUUGGGGUACCCUUUGGAAUAGUGUGGUGAGGGGAGCUGCAGAAGGAGGGGGAUCACUGGAAAUCAUCUUCCUUCUCAUUCCAUGGUUGGAAGCAUCUAAGGAAUCAAAAGGUUUUUGUCAGGGCCUCUUGCUGGAUCCAUCCCAUUGAUAACAAAACCGCAAUCGUAUUACUGGAGAGAGGAAGUUCUUAGGUCUUCAUGGUAAGCUUCAGUGCAGUCUACUAACCCCCAUACACACCUUUUAAGUUGACUAAAGGUUAUAUUGAUAUACAUGUUUCCUAACAUAAAAAUGAUGUGUGCAAAAUUCGAAAAUAGAGCCACUAAUGUCUUGAAUAGUACUAUGAGAAUAAAUAUUUUUAUAAGGUAUUUUCUUACUAAAUGUAUUGACUGUUCAUAAAGCAUAACAUUGUGUCCAAUUUUUUUCCAACAGCAAUUAAGCUGCAUUUAAAUGGCUGUUAGAACUAAUGGCUGUCUUAGUCCACGCAGUUCAGUAGUGUUGGUAAUAGGAGACAAAUAUUUUAAAAAAGGGAAUUUUAAAAAACAAUUUUGGAAGAUAUUUUUAAGGAAAUUGUCAACUGCAGCAUGUGUUUCAUAGAUGUGGCCCCUACUUAAAUCUGAUUUUGCUGAACAGAUUUUAUGUUCAUUGUGAUAUACUACUAAGCAAACACUUGUUGUGUGAUGUACUUUAAAAAUAUAUAUUUUUAUAAAUGAAUGUAUAUGAGCAAUUUCUUAUUAUAAUUUGAAUGAAUUUUAAAUUGAAUUGUAAUAAUUCUAUCAUUUGCUCUAAUUUGAAUUGAUGAUUGACUAAUUUUUUUGAGUAUUAAAUUUUACUGUACUGAACUUGCUGGAAAGAUCCAUAUUAAUUUUGCAUGGUUACCAUAUUGGACAGUCUUUCAUAUGGAAGUUUACAAGUGACCCACAUUCCCCUAUUUUAAUUGUUUUUUAAAAUAAAUUUAUACACAAGCACUUUAAUAGCUCCAGUUUAAUUUUUUUAGUGAAUAUUUUAAAACUACACUAAUACUCAUGUGAAGAUGUUUGUUGUUGUUUUUGUAGACAAUUCAUAUACAACCAUUGCUUUGUAGUUCCUUAACUAUUGUUUAAGGAAAAUAGUACCAGGACAUUCUUAUUUUUGCCCACAAAAUGUUGAAUGACCACUGUAGGUAGCACUUGACUUUCACUGUAAAGUUUAUAAAGGCUUGCUUAAUUCUGUCUAUUUUAUAAUCGAUUCUAUAGCAAAAUAGUAGUAUACCUACCAUUAUGAAUUUUUUUGGCAGGUUUCUGUGCAUUUUUUUAAUUUUUAGAAAAUGUUUAGUGAUUUGUGUCAAAUUGCCACAAUUAAAAAGAUACUGAACCGCUGAAGAAAUGCCGUUUUUAAUAUUGGUCUACUCCCUUGCUUAGGGAAUGCCUUGUGUCCAUAUAUAGUUUUUGUAUAAAAUAUAUCUAAAAUGUUGAUCAUAAAUGAAAAUAUUCUUUUAUGGAUAGACAAGUGUUUGGCCUUUUAGUGCUUUGCACUAAAAAAACUGUGAAUGGAAAAUAGACUGUAACUGUUGCUGGAAAUGUUCUAUGUUGAAUGUACAUGCUUCUUGGAUAAAUGUACUUUAUUUGGAAAUAAAGAAGACUGGAAGUUAUUUCAGGAAAAUGUA